UCUCCUGUGAUCUAGAUUAAAGAGUAAAAUAAAGGGUCCAUAAUAGAUUUUCAGUUGAAAGACAAAAACAAAGAGAAGGCUACGAACAAAAAUGACAAUCUCUCGACUUUUGCAAGGUGAGGAGCUCUCAAUACCUGGCGACGCAUGUCUCUUGUCAGCUGUUUUUGCUUAGAUAUAAAUUAAGUAUCCAACAAAGACACCUUCCUCUCCGUAGACAUUCACUCUUGAAAGGGCCGAAUUUGCCAGCCUGACUCUUCUUUCUUUCAUAGAAAGCUGUACUUUACAUAAUGCAGUGUCCUAUUAUCUGUGCAUACAUGAUCUCAAGGACGGAAGAUUCAUGGUGCUCUUGACUUCUGUUAUCUCUUUGAUUGAUUUAUCUGCAAAAUCAGCCUUCCAUGGCUAUGCCUCUGAUGAAUUUCCAUAGGACUAUGCAUCGAAAAUCUUCCUCUGUUGUGUCAAUUCUUACCUUAUUUGCCACCGUUCACUUGGUUUUUGCUCAGACGCCUGCUAGUGAUUGUGUCCUUGAUAUUCAGCUUCCCUUGUCUGGGAAUGGCUCGGAUUGCACACAAGGCAACUGGGGUGGAUUUCUUCAAGACAGCUGCUGUCGAUCUGUUUUUGAUGGGUACUUGCGUGCAUUGGGGCAGCGCGCCAACCAAACCGGGCAAAUAUUCUUGAAUUCGACAGAGCAAGCAGGCUGCUUGGCUUCAAUGGAGAGUCAUAAGCAAAAUGCUUCAGACUGUGGUAUUGAGAAGCUGAGCUGGGGAGCUGGUGGAUGCUCUGACUACUCUGUUAUAGAUGUUGAGAAUAAGUUAGGGAAUCAGUUGACAACUCUGGGACAAUAUUGCAGGCUUUUGGGUUCUGAAAAUGAAUCAGAUAAGACCUGCAGAGCCUGCUUGAGGAGCUGGGAUGAACUGGGCGCCCCGUCAGGAAAUAGCAGAGAUCUAAAUGUAGUUGAAGAUGACAUUUGCCAGUUUGCAGUGCUAGUGUCCCUGACAAGCAGUAGGAUUGAUGAGGAAAAGUGGAUCCGAGCGCUUUACAAAUGCCUUGGAGAGCAAAGCCAUCCAAUUGAUGACAAAGGGGGUGAAGUUAAAAAGAACAAAAAAGGUCUGGGGAUUAUAAUCGGAGGGCUUGUGGGGAUUAUAAUUUUAGUGGGUAUUGCAUCAUGGAUUUUGUUUAGGAGAUCAAUCAAACCUGAUUUCCUCAGAGAAAAAGCAACUUCAAAUUAUUUGGCAUCCAAGGAUUCCAAUUCCCAGCAGAUGACAAUUAAGGAAGUUUAUUCUGCAACAAACAAUCUCAGUGUAUCAAACUUCAUUGGCCAAGGGAUAGCUGGAAAGGUGUACAAGGGCAUUCUAUCAAAUGGGCAGCACAUUGCAGUUAAGCACAUACUUGAUGAUGAUGGACAUAUGGAGACAUUUGUAAGAGAAGUUACAAGCUUAUCACAUGUCAGACAUCCAAACCUUGUAACUCUGUUGGGACAUUGUGAGGGACAAGACGAGUGUUUUCUUGUUUUUGAGCUCUGUCAUAAUGGGAACCUCUCAGAGUGGCUAUUUGGUAAAGAGAAAAAACUGUCCUGGAGAAGAAGACUUCAGAUUGCAAUCGACUGCGCUAGGGGUCUCUGGUUUCUCCACACUUAUCCCGAUGGGUGCAUUGUACACAGAGAUAUUAAGCCAACAAACAUUCUUCUAUGCACGAACUUUGAAGCGAAACUAUCAGACUUUGGCUUGUCUAAAGUUAUGAACAUGGGACAAUCUUUUGUGAGCUCAGAAGUGAGAGGAACAUUCGGUUAUGUGGAUCCUGAGUACCAAAAGAACCGGCGAGUUAAUUCUUCCGGUGACGUUUACAGUUUUGGGAUAGUACUUCUACAACUUCUAUCAGGGCAGAGGGUAAUUAAUUUGGAUCUGAGCAAACCAAUGUCUAUAGAUAAAAUGGCAAAAGUUCUCACUAGGGGUGGGAAAAUAACAGAUUUUGCUGAUCCAAAGCUCAACGGGGAGUACUCAAUUGAAGCUUUUGAACUUGUACUCAAGUUAGCAUUGUCAUGCACGGGGCUUAAGCAGCAAAGGCCAUCCAUGGAAGAAGUGGUGGUAAGACUAGAGAAGGCUCUCGACAUUUCAGCAAGGUGAACCAGUUGUUCCACGCAAAUUGGUGACUAACUCGAGAAGAUUGUUCUUGUUUAAACUUUAAAACAUCAUCGUUAGUAGCAUGAAUGAAACAAUCAACACACAGAUGUGUUUUUGUACUAAAAGAUAAGUGGUAACUAGUUCCAUGAGAUUCCAAAUACAACUAUCAAUCAAGCUCAAGAAAAAUAACUACAAAGAACAGGCAAUGCCUUAUAACAGUUGUGAAUUGAU